AUGGCAAUCCAUUUCCGUUCACUCUUUCCCUUGGCAUUGCCUGGAAUGUUGGCGCUCGGCUGGUGGUGGUUUUUCUCUCGUAAAAAAGAGCAGGUCAGCAGCAAUGAUAAAAAGGUGGACGCUGGUGCUGUGGUGCUGAGGGCCAGCCCUGACAUCAAGAAAUCACUCCCCAUACAAGAAACCUGUCCUGGAGUUGCGUCCACACCCCGCAAUGUCACACAGCCACUAGAAAAGGAACAGUCCACUGCAAGCAAGCCUUCUGUGGAGCCCCCAACCUUGCUGCACACACACCCAAUCUGUCGCAGAUCAGAGUCCUCAGGCUGCCUCCCUAACCCCACGAACACAAGAUCUCAACCAGGAACAUGCAAAGAUGACAGUACAAAGGUGGAACUCGCCCUGAUGGGUGACAAAGCCAGAUCUGUUCCUCUUGAGUGUCCCUUCCCAUCUCCCAAGGAUGUGGUGUUCCCCCAUGAAGCCAUAGAGGUGUGUAAGUAAGAGGUGGUGUUCAGUAAAUCACCAGGGAGGGGCUGGCCCAGCCAGUCUGUGUGUGCUGCAGAGAAGCAUAGCCCUGGGGAGAAGGCAAGAGAGACGCGUGGAGCCGAGGGGACCGGUGAUGCAACGUUGGGGGAAAACGUGCUUGAAGAAGGCUUGUUGUCCUAGGAGCGUGUCUCAAAAUUGGAGAAUAGCAAGGCCCUCAGCCUGGCCCCCUGGGGAGGCGGAAGAGAGAAGGGGAGCGGUGGCCCCUUCUCCCCUCUGAGAGAAGAGUCUGCAGUUGGAAAAUUGUUAAGUAGCUCUGGCAAGUUGGCUCACGCAGAGCUGGCAAAGGAUGAGGAGAUGCAGGCAUCUGAGGUCCAAGAUGACAGUACCUGGGACAGAGACAAGGCGGCAGAACUAGGCAAAAAGGAGAGCUUGGAUAAGAGAGAGAUUGAACAGGCUGCCUUCCAGAUAAUCUCCCAGGUGAUCUUGGAAGCAACCGAAGAGGUGCUGGCCAGCAUGGGGGUCGAGAUGGCAGAUCAGUUAUAUCAGGCCUCAGACAGUCCGACUGUAGGGCAGGUGGAGAGCAGUGCCCCAGCCAGCCAGAAAACUGUCCUGGGGCAAGACACUGCACAGGCUGCUCCAGCCGUAGUGGGGGCAGCCGCUGGCCCACCAGCAGAGAACCUGCCUUCACCAAAGACCUAUGUGAGCUGCCUGAGCAGCCCACUGUCCAGCCCCACCAAGGACAGUAAGCCAAAGAACUCCGCACACCACAUCUCCCUGGCUCCCUGCCCACCUCCAGCGAGCCCCCUCAGAGAGUCAGUGGACAAGGCAAGCAUCCUGGCGGAAGAUGCCACCUGUGCUACCUGUGUGUCAGACAGCCAGAGUGUUCCUUCCGCGGCCUCCUCUGGGCAGUGCUCGGAUUCCAUCAGCACUUCAAGGCUUGAAGACUCUUGCACAGAGACCAACUCAAGCCCCAGGGACAAGGCCAUCACCCCGCCGCUGCCGGACAAUACUGUGCCUUUCAGUAAUGGGGUGCUGAAAGGGGAGUUGUCAGAUUUGGGGACUGAGGACGGAUGGACUGUGGAUGCAGAAGCAGAUCACUUGGGAGGUUCCGACAGAAACAGCGUGGAUUCUGUGGAUAGCUGUUGUGGCCUCAAGAAGAUCGACAGUUUCCAGAAUGCCCAGGCAGGCUCCAACCCUAAAAAGGUUGACCUCAUCAUCUGGGAGAUUGAAAUGCCAAAGCACUUAGUUGGUCAGCUAAUCGGCAAGCAGGGGCGGUAUGUGAGUUUCCUGAAGCAAACAUCUGGUGCCAAGAUCUACAUCUCAACCCUGCCUUACACCCAGAACAUCCAGAUCUGCCACACAGAAGGCUCUCAGCAUCAUGUAGACAAAGCUCUGAACUUGAUUGGAAAGAAGUUCAAGGAACUGAACCUCACCAAUAUUUACGCUCCUCCAGUGCCUUCACUGGCACUGCCUUCUCUACCAAUGACGUCCUGGCUCAUGCUGCCUGAUGGCAUCACUGUGGAGGUAAUCAUGGUCAACCAGGUCAAUGCCGGGCACCUGUUUGUGCAGCAGCACAUGCAUCCCACCUUCCAUGCACUGCGCAGCCUGGACCAGCAGAUGUACCGCUACUCUCAGCCUGGAAUCCCCACCUUGCCCACCCCUGUGGAAAUCACUGUUAUCUGUGCUGUCCCUGGUGCAGACGGGGCCUGGUGGCAUGCCCAAGUGGUUGCCUCCUACGAGGAGACCAACGAGGUGGAGAUUCGCUAUGUGGACUACGGUGGAUACAAGAGGGUGAAAGUAGACUUGCUCCGGCAGAUCCGGUCUGACUUUGUGACCUUGCCGUUCCAGGCAGAAGUCCUUCUGGAUAGUGUGAUGCCUCUGUCAGAUGAUGACCACUUUUCGCCUGAAGCAGAUGCAGCUAUGAGUGAGACGACAGGAAACACAGCGCUUCUGGCACAGGUAACAAGUUACAGUCCAACUGGCCUUCCCUUGAUUCAGCUGUGGAAUGUGGUUGGAGAUGAAGUGGUGCUGAUAAACCGGUCACUGGUGGAGUGAGGUCUCGCGCAGUGGGUGGACAGCUACUACUCAAGCCUUUGA